CCCCUUCCUUCACUCAUUCCCUUCCCACCUGCAUCCCGCUCACAGUCGUUCACUACCCACAUCCUCCCUACCUACCGUAACCUACUCCGUUAAUCAACCCCAUCCAUACACUCGUUACUCUUUCCCUCACCACCCCCAACAACCCUCACAUUCAAAAUGAAGUUCACCAGCACCCUCAUCACCUUCGGCCUGAUCGCCUUCGCCGCCGCGCAGACCACGACCUCGUCCGCCGCCGCUUCCCAGAUCACCCAAUCCGAGCAGCAGAAAUGCGUAACCUCGUGCGACGGCAACCUGACCUGUACCGCGGAGUGCCUUGGCAACCCAGCCCCUACUGAGGACAUGGUCAACGCGACCACGCAGUGCGCCAUGAAGUGCGAGCAGGGCGAUGGCACCGAGACGCAGACCAAGAAGUACGCGGACUGCCAGCAGAAGUGCAUUUCGGACAACUUCUUCGUGAACCCGUCCGGGGCCUCUGGUGCCGCCUCGCGCGCCUCCGCAUCCGCCACCGGUGUCAUCGGCGCCUCAGGAACCGGCACCCGCUCUUCACCCACGGCCUCCGGCUCCGCGGCCGACGCAAGCGGCAGCUCCGCACCCAAUGCCGCCGGCCACCUCGCUGUCAGUGGUGCGGCUGGUGUCAUCGCGCUGAUUGUCGCUGCGGUCGCUUUGUAAAUGUCCUGGUCCUCUCACAGUGUAAUGCUUGGGUCGGGGUCUGGGUGGUAAUGCUGGGUCUGGCUGGGUCGGGGUUUAAUGAUCGGAUCGGAUCGGAUGAUGGAUGGGUAAUGGAAUGGAAUCGGAAUGGAAUUGGUGGGGUGCUUGGGUGUCUUUUUUUUCUCUUUCCUUUCCUCUUUCCCACUUCGAUUGGGAUUGGAGCGGUGCGGAGCGGAGCGGAUAGGUUGCAGGCGAAAGUGGGCGUGGGCGUUGCAUGUGAUUGCUAAAAACAAUACAUGCAAUACCCGAAGCGAAACGAAACGGUGGUGUUUUUGCAGUGUACCACACCAAUACAUUACCUACUCUAUA